AAAUUUAUUAACAUGUCUACGUUUCUGAUUGAUGAUCGUGGCCAGUGCAAUUUGUAGACGAGAUCUACAUUAAUUUUUGUUGUGUUUGUUUUAAAAAAGUGUAGUGUUUUCUAAAAUUACGUGCAAUUAUUUCAAGAUAUUUGUUUCAUAUUGUGAUCUUCCAGAAGAACCUAGUACGGUCUUGCUACUGGGGGUGACAAGAAUACCUACAUCUCCAGUACCAAAUCGCCGUCCUUGUUCUUUACCCGCUUCUGCCGCCUUCAGCGACAAGGGUGAUUUUGUCGGGGGUGAAAGCGGUGGCGGUAGACAGUCUCGUCGAUCAUCCAUAUCGGAUGGUAAGAAGAACGUUGUAGUUAGAAGAAAUUCUUCUUUAAAGAAGAGUGGUGGAGGUGUUGGUGCUGGUAGACGGUUCCAGGUACCUGCGAUCAGCAUACACCACGUGGAUAUCAUCCGUCCACAGGUAUCAAUUGGCACAUCCGCAGCCAAAGGAGUUUCUCAACCAUAUACUCGAAAUCCGGCCCCUAUCACAGCAGCCGAUCAGCAGGACGAAAUCUCCACCGCCAGUGACGUCGCGACGCCGAAGGCGUCCCCUUUGUCCAGAUGCACAGCAGCUAGUGCCAUUAUGUCAACAACGGCGCCAAAUGACGUCAUGGAAAGGUCCGUGGACUCGAUUGGGACUUGUUCGUUGGAUGUGGAAGCUUCAGUCGAUUUUUCAGAUUGGUCUGAGGCUUCCUCUGCAGGCACAUUGCGCAGUGCAAGCAUAUUGUCGCCGUCCCCUGAACCUCAUUUGCCGUCUUAUUUAAGUCUUGCUUGUACAGUCAACGGUUAUUCCACGUCAACGCACUACGAUCCAGUACGCCUUGCUUCCAGAUCUCGAGAUGCUUCUCCACACCGGAUAGACUGCGACCAGCAAACUAUUCCAAAACCUGCAACGUUUUCGAUACAAAAUAAUUUACUCUCUCCUCCGAAUAUAGUUCCGUUACCAACCCAAAAGAUGGAGAACGCUUUAACGCAACACAGGAACGAAUUUUACAGUUCUCUUAAGACCUCUACGUACAUGAGUAAGCAGUCCUAUUCUUCCGGUAUAUUUAGCAGUAUAACGAGCUCGAAAGAUACGACUGACAGUUGUUUAGAAAACGGUCAUCACAGUAUCCAAAAUAAGUGUGUUAGUUUUGAAACCACUAGCGUUACAGCGACAAACGGGCAAAGAAAAUGUGUAUCAGAAACAGCGAUGAAACAGGAUUAUACGAAUGGUACAGAAACGAAAUCAUUCAUUCAACAAAGAGUGGAACGUCUUUAUGGACCCGGAGCUUUAGCACAGGGAUUUUUCAUUACCAAGCCACAAAAAUCUCGAAUUUUUGAAACAGAAACUAGGGGUUCUUCUACAGGAAGUGAACGGCAUUCAAAAUCAAUGAAUGAUAACUUACUAGAGGACGAUCUGGAACCGGGAAUGAAGCAAAGCACUAGCAGUCCUACUCUUCCAGUUUUGAGGCAUUUACGGCCCGAAUUCAGAGCCCAAUUACCGAUGAUAAGUCCUAGGAGAGGACAACAUUUGGAAGUUACUAGUACUACAAUUCAAAAAAGUAUCACUAUACCAAAACUAAAAGAUGAAAUCAAAGCUAAUGGUCAUUCUAAAGCCAAUGAAGUGGAUACGAUCUGUGAAGUUAAGGAAAACAUCGGAAAUGUAGGAGCUGUUAAGAAUGGAUCAGUGGAAAAAGACGGUCAUUAUUUUAUAAAAAUACUCGAAGAUCAAAAUAAAAGACUUUUGGAAUUAGCCGCCAGGGUUGAAGAUGAUAUAUCAACUCCUGAUUUAUCAGAAGAAGUUAUAGGAAAACUUAGAUCUGCUUCAGGAAAAGCAAGAUUGUUAGUAUCACAGAAAAUGCAACAGUUUAAGGGAUUGUGCACCAACAAUAUUAAUCAGACUGGUGGUGAAGAAUUCCCUACUACAAACGAAGAUCUGCAGGGCUUCUGGGACAUGGUAAUGCUUCAAGUGGACCAAGUAGAUGCCAUCUUUAAGGAAAUCGAAGAACUAAAAGCGAAUAACUGGAAGGAACCGGUCAAGGCGGCACCUAAGACUCCCCAAAACGGAAAACCUAAAAAAGUAACUCCCCGGACUAGACCUUCAUCAGCUGCAAAUGAGGAGGCAAGAAAACAGAGAGAAAUAGAGAGAAAGAAAAUAAUAGAAGAAAGACGCAAAGCUAUGAAAGCAGCUCAACAGACUAAACCCACUAUCGAAAUUUUCGUGCCUGAAAACGCUAGCUGAGAUUCGACAACUCUUUAGGUAUUUUUUUUAGGAGUAGGGGUGGAUUUUAGGAAGGUAAAUUUUUAAUUAAAACAUGAUACUAGGGCCAUUUGUAAAAUGAUGUUCCCUGUGCCGCUGAUAAAGAGUGCGAGUGAUGGGAGAAAUCUGGCAACACUGCCUUACACAUUAACUCUCCCUCUCUCUUACCCCACCACUUUCGCCUUGCUGCAUUGCUCAGUGUCGGCCUAGCAACCUUCGAAGAUGGAGGUCAUGGUUGUUGUUACCGCCAAUGUGAAAUUUAUGCUGUGAAACGUUUUUUAAAUGCAAAAUGGAUUUCACCUAUUGACAUUCAUAGUCUGUUAAUCGAGUUUAUGGGUAAAAGUGCAUAUCUGUGGAGAGAAUGGUGUGGAGAAUUCAGUGAAGGCCGAAUGGAAAUUCACGAUGAAACUGAAGGCCUUCCGCUCCGAUUGUUUGCGGUCUUUUCCGACCAUUUUGAACAUGUUAAACAUGCAUUUUACUCAUAAACUUCGAUUAACUGACGAUGAAUGUCAAUAGGUGAAAUCCAUUUUGCAUUUAUAAAACGUACCACAGCAUGAAUUUCACAUUGGCGGUAACAGCGAGAGGGACCACCAUCUUCGAAGGCUGCUAGGCUGACACUGAGCAAGGCAGCGAGCCAAAGGUGGUGGGGUAAGAGAUAGGGAGAGUUGAUGUGUAAGGCAGUGUUGCCAGAUUUCUCACAGCACGUCGCGCUAUUUCUUAGCGGAUUAUGGAACCUUUUUUUUUACGAAUGACUCUUGUACAUUGUUGAUGAUUUUUAAAAAAUACAAUCAAAUCAUGAUCCUAAGAAAAUUUAAGAAGUAUUAUCAGAUUUUUAAAAAUAAUAAUGAUUUGCUCUAAUUAAACUUUAUACAAAUAUUGAGUGAGUUUCAUUAUUACUAUUUCUUUAUACAUCUGAUAUAUUCAUAAUGAAAUAUAAUUAUUUAUAGCCUGAAUUAUUUUUUUGGCAGUAUAUAUUUAGUAUUGAUUAGCCAUUGGAAAAGCUUAAAUUAGCUCUCAUGUAGAACAUCUAUUUUAACUUCGAACCUAAUGUGAUCUUAAAAAAAACUAACGCUAUGUUUAGUAACAGAUAGUUAUUUCGGAUAAUAGACACCAUCGAACUUUAUACUAUAUGCUGAUAUACAGGGUGUUUCAUUAAUAAUUGUCCAUAACUGGAGAAACUCGUAAACUUUAAUCGUAACUGGAGAAACCUUAACACAAAAUACGAAGAUUUAACCCAAAACACUUAAAUAAAAUAUUCUUCCUUACCAAGAUACAGAGUUCAAAUAUUCUAAAAUGAUUAUAUCCCAUUGUUAAAGCACCUUUUAAUGUUUUGUUCAAACUUGACACACAGUUUACACAUGUUAGGAUACUUUAGCUAGUGUUAAAAGAUAGUUUUCCGCUGUUACCAGAGACGCGCCGUAGGGAUAAAUACUUCAUUUUCGCCCCUUUUCCCCCUCACAAUCUACGCCACUGUCGUAAUAAUCAUUUCAGCAUGUUUUUUUAUUGUUGCUUUUUACAUAAAUAUCAUCCUUUUGUCUCAUUGCGAUAAAGUAAGUAGUUUUCAAGUUAUUUGCAUUUAAAGAUAAUGGAUUCCAUAAGACUAUGUAUUUUAAACUACAUUCAAUAAGAUUAUGUGUCUAAAAUACAUACUUUUAUUGAAUCCAUUACAUUAAAACGCAAAUAACUUGAAAACUACUUACUCUGUCGCAUUGAGACAAAAGGAUGACAUUUACGUAAAAAGUAACGAAGAAUAAAAAAAACAUGCUGAAAUGACUAUUACGACAGUGGCGUAGAUUGUAAGGGGGAAAAGGGGCGAAAAGGAAGUAUAUAUCCCUACAGCACGCCUCUGGUAACAGCGGAAAACUAUCUUUUAACACUAGUUCAAGUAUACUAACUUGUGUAAACUUUGUGUUAAGUUUGAAUAAAAAAUAUUAAAAGGUGCUUUAACAAUGGGCCAAUAUCCUUUUAGAACAUUUGUAAUAAAACACUCUGUAUCUCGGUAAGGAAGAAUAUUUUAUUUAAGUGUUUUGAGUUAAAUCUUCGUAUUUUGUGCUAAGGUUUCUCCAGUUACAAUAUGGACAAUUGUUAAUGAAACACCCUGUAUAGAGUAGAUUCCGGAUAGAACGAGUUUUAACGGAACAACAUUUUGUCGUACUAACCGGACGACGCACAAAACUUUUAAGUAAUUUAAGCUCGUUUUCAAACCAGUAGUCAAACAGGCAUUUGUUUGUGAGAUGAUUUCGUCGUUGGAGUCAAACCACUUUCCGCCGAGCCAUUUCGUCAUGUUUGGAAACAAGAAAUAGUCCCUCGGGUCUAAAUCUGGACAGUGGGGCGGAUGAGGGAGCAAUUCGUAGCCUAAUUCAUAGAUUUUUGCCAUGCUUGUUCAAACUUCAAAUUUACACCGGGCGACGCACAAAGCGUUCAUGUAAUUUAAGCUUAAUUUUGAACCAGUAGGCAAACAUAGGCAUUUGUUUGUGAGAUGGUUUCGUCGUUGGAGUCAAACCUCUUUCCGCCGAGCCAUUUCGUCAUGUUUGGGAACAAGAAUAGUCACUCGGGACUAAAUCUGAAGGAUGGGGCGGAUGAGGGAGUAAUUCGUAGCCUAAUUCAUAGAUUUUUGCCAUGCUUGUUCAAACUGCAAAUUUACACCGGAGUCAAGUGCCAGUUGCUUGUUGACAGGAACUUUAUAUAGUCGAUUCGCUAAUCUGAGACACAACUGUAAAUCACAAUAGAGAUGCACUAUAUGGAAAUAAACAAACCAAGACACGCUGAAUUUUCGGAGAGCACUCCCAAAUCAUGAUUUGGCUCCUCAAGCUCCUCGUGCUUGUUCAUUUCUAUUGCAUCUUUAUUGUGAUUGUAGUGUAGACAGUUGUGUCUCAGAUUAGCGAAUCGACUAUACUAUGUACUAAUAUAUAUGUACAGUAAAUUCCGAAUAGAACGAGUUUGAACGGAACAACAUUUUGUCGCACUAACCGGACGACGCACAAAGCGUUGUAAUUUAAGCUUGUUUUUGAACCAGUAGUCAUAGGCAUUUGUUUGUGAGAUGGUUUCGUCGUUGGAGUCAAAUCUCUUUCCGCCGAGCCAUUUCGUCAAGUUGGGGAACAAGAAAUAGUCACUUAGGGUUAAAUCUGGAGAAUGGGGCCAAUGAGGGUGCAAUUCGUAGCCUAAUUCAUAGAUUUUUGUCGUGGAAACUGCACGUUUGCACACUUGCAUUGCUCUGGAGGAAAGAAACUUGUUCUUGGCCAAACGCGGUAAUUUUUUUUCAAUUCCUCAUUGAAUCGACUCAGUAAGUUGGUAUCCAUUGAUUGUUUCCCCUUUUUGAAGGCAAUGAAUGUGAACUAUACCGCGUGAAUCGGAAGAAACUUUCGCCAUGACUUUGUUGGCUGACAAACCCAUCUUUGCUUUCGUUGGCGCAGAUUUACCCCUAGAAACCCACUGUUUUGUUUGUUGUUUGGUCUCCGGUGUGUUGUAGUGGAUCCACGUUUCGUCCAUGGUUAUGAAAUCGCGCAAAAACUCAUCCAUAUUGCGCCUGAACAACGCCAAACAUUCCUGCGAAUCUUGUCAUACGGUUGAUUUUGUGGUCGAUUGUGAGCAAAGGCAGCACCCAUGAUACUAUAAAUAACAAGAUAAUAUGUUGCGCAUCUCGAAGAAAAGGGAGUCGUGACGUAACUGGAGACCCAAGUUCGUAAUGGUUCGUAAUGACCGAAUGAUUUCCGAUUAGUUUGAAUUGCUCGCGGUUGUAUAGUCCAGGCUGUAUGGUCGCCCCCGUUAGGUAAAUUAUUCCGAUUCGAUUUUUUUGCACAAACUUACUAAAAAAGAGUUCCUUAUAACAAAUCCGCAGGGUGCCGGGAGUUGCCGCGGUCAAAAAAUUAUUUAAACAAUUUUCCGACCGCGGCAUCUCCCGGCACUCUGUGUAUUUGUUAUAAGGACCUCUUUUUAAGUGAGUUUGUGCAACAAAAUCGAAUCGGAAUAUGUUAGCUAACGGGGGCGACGAUACUGCCUGGACUAUAAUCUAACAACAAGAAUUCAAAUUCCGGUCUCCAGUUACGUCAUGCGAUGCGCGAACUCGGACGUAUUUGCGCUACGGGAAGAUACUAUCUUGAUAUUUAUAGUAUCAUGGCAGCACCCAUCUUGAGGAAGGCUUUCUCACACCCAAGUGAUCGUUCAAAAUUGAAGCCACUGAGCCAUGUGAGUUGCCUGUGGCUUUCACAAUACCUCUCAACCUCUCACUUUCAAUCUCCGGUCGGUUAAAACCAUAUAGUGGAUUUUUUUCAAUUGUUUCAGAUGUAGAGUCCUUAACUGGGCGUCCAGAACAUUCGGCAUCUUUCGUGCUUGUACGGCCACAUUGAAAUUCAGUAAAACACUAUUAUGAAAAUGGAUGGUACAGAGUUCCCAUAAUAUUUAUCAAGUUUAGUCUGGGUUUUGAGUGAUGGUUUUUUCCGCAAAAAAAUGUUUAAUGAGGACACAUAAAGCACGUUUUCUAUUUUCUUCUCAAAACGCGGGAUAGUCUGCUAUCAACGGCUGUCAAAUACAAACUAAGCAGCGUGUUCAAAUUUAGACCGGACUGAAGUGAGACUUGCCUGUUGACAGGAGCAGUGUUGCCAUUUCAAUUAAGUGGCGGGUAAUUCAAAAACUCACGGACUUAUUGAUCCGUCCUCAUAUUAUAUCUGUUUAUUUAUUGACUUACGUUUGUGACCAUUUUUUCUUCUAUAUUAAAAACAUCAUACAGGAUUAUUAAUGCGAGAUAUUAUACUUUUAAUAUUAUCAUCAUCAAAGAUAGUGUAAAUGAAUAUAUUGAACGUUCCUGCAGCCUUCAGACACACUGGAAGCCAAACAAAUUAUGUUGGUUCGUAUAACCGCCUUGUCUGGUGGCGACGAUUUUUUGCACAAUAUUUGUAUCAGACUGUUCUUCACAUAUUGAGUAUCAUGGAUACAAGAAUAUUGAUUAAGGUACACGACAUGUGUUGUGGGUAGUUGACUAUAAAUAGCCGUACGUAAACGGUCGCGGUACAUCUGCAUUUGAGGUUAUGGUAGAGUCUACAUUGGCUCGAAAAAACGCAGCGUGUUACAACAGUUAAAAAUGACUCUGCGUGAGUUUGGUUCACGCAUCGUAAAAUAGCGUCGAAAACUCGAUGAUUUUUUAAUACAAAUAGUAGAUCUUUGAAAAAUGAUGAUUCCAGUCCUUGGUCCAUUAGUUUCAAUGCUUAAAAUUUAUUUUAGAAGACAAAAACAUCAGUAAAGUCAGUAAUAUGAUAUUAGUUCAUCCAGUUAUCCACCAAACGCAGCAUUAUAAUUUUCGUUAUUUCUUAAUUCCAAGCGCUUACCAGGAUAGUGAAAUUGUCAGCAGUCAUCCAGGUCUUGAGAUUAUUUUCAUAAUCCACUACAGAUUGGCUUAAAUUUUUGAAAUAUUUAGUAUGUUAAAAUUUUCUCGAUUGAAAAGUUUUUUUAACUCGAUUCUAGAUCCUGACCCACUACUUUGCGCCGUGUAAUUUGGGUUGCCUACUGCGAACUUUUUACAUGUCUUCUUAAAUCAUGUAUCAUGUUCACGUGUAAACACUUUUCCGCAUUCCACGCACUUAUUAAUUCUUUCCACACCGAACAUUUUCGUUGUCAAGAAAAUGAAAUACCUACUCACAAAGCAAACACAGAACUGUGAACAGUAGAAAUGAUUACAUCGGAAAAUUAAUCCAACAGCUUCACUGUUCAAUUGGUAAUUAUACAAAGAGUCUACAUUCUACCACAACCAAUACUAUUUUAAUAUUAAAUAUCAUGUAACUGCAGUAAAUAUCGAUUUUUAUUAUCACUAAAUAGUCUUUUCAGCGUUUUUCUAAAAACAAUUUUAACGGUCACAUAUAUGAUCAUUCACACAUGACAUAAUUAGCGCAAAUUACAUAUUAUUAUGAUUCAUUGAAUGCGCUUCGCAAUUAAAAUCUAGAGUUUAAACAACUGAUUAAAUUUCGUCAGCCCUAGCUUUUCACCGACCUUCAAGUGACUUUACAUCAAUUGAUUUUGAAUUUUGAGUCUAUACUUUUCCAAAUUUAAUAAAAUUUGUGAUUUUUUAUAUUAUCUAAUCGUUGUUUUAUUUAAGUCAAGCAUAGCCACAGAUCAAUCUUUAUAGUAAUAACUUUCAGUUUCAUUUUUAAGUACAUCUAAAAAGGUACUACCUACAUAAUUUAUUCAUGCCAUACACUGUGAAUUUUUAAAGUGGUUAGGUAAUAUAGCAAAAUUUUAUUAUUUAUAAAAUUCUUUCAACAGCAUGACUUGCUCGAAAAUCAUUUAGAUACCUUUUCUUUGUAAUAUCUAUAAAUUAAUAAUUUUCCCAUUUCUAUUUUAUUCCAAUUUCUAUUUGUAUGUAAUAUUUUUUAAAUAACUCAAAGGCCCAUUUCGCCGAUUCAAGUUUAUAUAGACAACCCAAAUUACACAGCGCAAAGUAGUGGGUCAGUAUUUAGACAAAAUCCUUUUUUUAAGAGACCACUCUAUUACUGAUUGAUCUAUUUGUUGUUAGGUGAUGUCCUCACACAUUUAGAUACAAACGAUCCAAAUGGCAUUAAACAUUAUAAUACAAUACAGAAAAAACACGCCGAAUUCCUUCUCAAGAGCUACCAGUUUUUUAACAGUAUACUACUGCUCUUUUUCUUCAAUUGAGAAAUUCUUUUACCUUAUGUAAAUAAUUUCACUAGGCCUCUUAACCGCAUUGACUGUGAUUACAUGUCAACAAUCAACUUGCGUUGAUUGGAACAAAAAGAGGCGCGGGUAAUUGCGCGUAGAUAUUCUAUACAAAACGAUGUCGAUGUGAAACCUUACUUGAGUUUGCAUUUAUGUCACUAAAAAUGGUUAGACGUAGACGAAGUUGUAAUAGAUGUUCUACUGUAGCAAUUUUGAAAUUAACAAAUCUACUUUUUUUGUGUAUUAUUUACUUAUACUGACAAAUACUCUUUAAGAUGUUGCAUCAAGUUGUAAAAGAAAUUUUCUUCUUAACUCAUUAAAUUUUUACCUUCGUGGCAUUCACCUCUAAAUGUUUUGCUAUUAAAAUUUCUGCACUCUAUUAAUUUAUACUUUAAUAUGCUCACUUGUACAAUCUAAAUAUAUUACACUUACUGCAAAGCUAAUAAAACGUUUUAUUGUAUCAACAAAACUAAAACUUGAUAACCGAACAGCAAUUUUGUUUUAUAUCUCGCGCCAAACUUCUCGAGCAGUACAUAAUACGAGGGGUGUCUUUUUAGUUUUGUAUAUAGCCAUAAAGACUAAAAAUAUAUAGGACUUAAAGUGCGUUAUUGUUCUUCAAAAUAUAUCUCACCAAGAUUGAUAGUCUUUUGCAUACGUUCCAACUUAUUGGUAAAACUGUUAUUCCAGUCUUCAGUUUACACCUGCAAAAUCGCUGUUUUAAGGGCAACGAUGGCUUCUUCUGGCGACUGGAGUCGCUACCCAGGCAUUGAAUUCUUGAACUUUGGGAACGUGAAGAGGUCGUUGGGACUUAGGUCGGGGCUAUACGGUGGAUGCUUUAAUAAUUCGAUGUUUUGAAGCUCCAAAAACUCUAUUGUCUUUUAGGCUUACAUUGUCCUGAUGUAGGAUGAUUCUCCGUUGUGUGUUGUUUUGUCGGAGUUUUCGCGAUAACUUCUGGUAAAAAAACGGUUAUACAUGUAGGAUUCGUUAAAGACAAUUGUAAUAAAAAUCCGUGUGAUGUUUAACAGUUUUAAUUAAUAAAAUAGAUAGCUAAAUUAUAGAUACUAUUAAAUUGACGAAAUGUAGAAGUGUUGGUGUAAUUGCGACCAAAAUUUACGUGUCCUUGUUCUUACAAAAAAUGAAAUGUAUUUAGAGAUAAUUGCGUCUAAUCAAUAUUAUAACCGGCGUGUCAUAAUAUUCGUCUUAAGGCGUCUUUUUACGUCUUAUCCCCAAUAACACGACUGUCGCGGUUCUGAUCUUAAAAUCGACUGCCGUAUUCUUCCCAUAAUAACCAAAAUUCUCUUACUGCUAAUCUCCUCUUCUCCUGGUUUAAUUUGCUUUCGUGAGAACUAACCUAUUAAAAUUGGAUCAAAGUUGCGAAUGUUAUUCUUACCUAAUUAGGUCUUAAAGAUUCAAAGUUAGAAGUAUUUCGCCCCAGCUACCGUAGUAAUCCCAAUUCGUUCCACCCAUCUGGGCCGACGCGACGCAGGUCCAUAUGCGUGAGAUUCUUAUUCCGUGCUCGUAAUAAUAAUUAAGAAAAAAAUAUAUACAGGGGAAUUUAAAAAUAUAAGGUAAAAUAUUUACAAUUCUACAUACAUAUACCAAGACACACUUCGGAAACGGAUCACUUUUGUCGAUUUUCCUCAUCGUGAAACACCCACACAGCGGAUUGGCGUUUAUUUUCCGAUUCGUAAGAGUAAAUCCAAGAUUUAGCGCCACUAACAAUACUAUAAACGUUUUUAGAGCUUGCUUUGUUGAACCGUUCCAAGGUUUUUCGACACCAAUUGACGCGAACCGCUUUUUGCUCUUGUGUAAGCAAAUGAGGGAUCCAACGGGAAACCAACUUCGUAACACCCAGUUUUUCAUGUAGGAUCUUUUGGAUCGAGGUCUUUGAAAUGCCCAACGGUGCCCCUCUCUCCCGGUAUGUUACACAGCGGUGGUCAUUAAUUAGCUGACGAACCGCAUCAAUGUGUGUGACUGCUAUUUUGAGUGGACCUGAAGACGUUGAAAUUCGCAAUACCAGAGGGAAAUAGUUGACUGGUGUGAUGCUUCAUUCCCAAACACACAAAGCCUCCCAGCGGAGACAUUCCUGUUGCGAUAAUCCUCUCUGGAAAUUGUAAAAAUUAUUGCUCGAAAAUGUUCUCGGCUGAUCCAUUUUUUCGAACGACUUGCUAAUUUCAAAAAUUCACUAUAUCUACACGACUUCUUGUAUCGCAAUGGAACUCUGGAUUUAUCCAGCUUAAAGUGGCUAUAUGCAAAACUAAAAAGACAAAACUCGUAUAUAAUUUUUUUUCUACUAAAUCUGUUUCUCGUCAUCGAUAACAGACAUGUUCAAAACUUAUGGUGUCACGAAUUCACGGUUUGACUUAUAGUUUGAAUAAACGAGGAUUUCAAAAAAUUUUCAAAUGAUCAAAACGAGCUCUAGGGUGCCACUGUUUUGUUAUUGAUCACAAAGAACAAAAUUAGUAGGAGAGAUGUAGAUAAAUAAUUUUUCAUACUGAAACAUGUGACAACAAAGAUUCAUACGAACAAUUUAUUCUAUGAUUAUAUUUUUUUUAUUUACGAUUUUAGAUUUGAUGUAAGUUAAAAAGAUUUUUUAAUUGUAUGCCUAUCCCACAUGUAGUACUUUAAUCUUUCUGUCUACAGUCUAUUGUGUCAGUUCCUAGAUGGCGAAAACAAAUACCUAGUCUUGUGAGACAAUUUUCAGAACAAUCGUCAACAGUAGAUGAUGAGAAUUCAACAGAAAAAAAAUAAGAUUUUAGUUUCAUUUGACAUCAAUACUUUCACUGCGCACCGGAAUAUACUUGGAUAAAAUCAAUUAUUUUUACCGGCAUAAUAAAACAGCUGGAUAGCUCAGGCGGUAGGAUGUCUGACUUCAAAGCAGGUAGGCCAGGGAUCGAAUCCCAGCGCCGGAGAGAACAUCUAGAUAUUUUUAAAAAUAUCUAUAGGCCCCAGGCCGAAUAAAUCAUAUGUAUUAACUUUUACUUGAACAUAUACAGGGUGUCCCCGAAAAUAGUGCGUUCCUUUAAGGUAUGGAUAUAAUACACAAUGUAGAAGAAAAAAGUCCUAUAACAUUUUUUUCUAAAGUUAACCGUUUCCAAAAAAAAUUACAUUGUUCGCCAUAUAAGCGAACUUUUAUUUUCAUAAAAUUUAAAAAUUUGGCAUCACUGUACAAGAACUGUUUGUGAUUUAGUUUAUUGACACCACAAAUGUAGGUCAGACAGGUACACCUGCAAAAUAAUUGUACCACCCUAUGUUUGAAAAUCCAACAAAACAAGAAUUUGUUUGUUUAGGAUGAAGACAGGGUUUAAUGUAAAUACUUAUGGCUAAAAUGCUGCAACUAUUUUUGAAUUGUGAUUGUCUAUGUUUAUAUUUCUGUAUACAUAGUUGUCAGAUUUCAAUUUGCAUUCCAAAAUGUAUUUUGGUUUUUUAGCCAAACGGUUGCAUUUAGAAAAAAAUGUUAUAAGACUUUUUUGCUUUGCAUGGUGCCUUCUACCUAUACCUUUAAGGAACGCACUAUUUUCGGGGACACCCUGUAUAUAUGGAUAUUUUUUUAACCAUUUCACAUUUUUCUUUUCAAAAUAAUAAGAGGAAAGGAUCUUAUUUUUACGAUCGAUACCGGAAACAUAUUUAUUGUACCCUUAAAUUUGGUGACGGUGUAAUUAAUUUUGUACAAGACACCUAUGUUGAUCACUAUGUUGAUUUUAGUAAAGUAAAACAGUUUGGCUAUGUGCUUCCCAAAUUAUAAAAUCACCACUUCGGUGUUUAUCUUAUAGUGAAGUGUUAAGUAAUUGUAGAUUGAGCGAUAAUGUGACUAUAUUAUAACAAAGUUAUGCGCUUUCGUUUGUUCCUUGCGUGGCACUUUACCAGGGGACUCCAACGUUGUCAAUAUUAUUUGUCACCACUGACAUUGUCAUGCAGUCGGUAGACGUUUGACAGACAGUAAAGUUAAGUACUAUAUGUGCCAUCCCUAUGUACUGUACCAGAUUGGAUACUCGAAAUAUAUUAUGUGAUAAAUACGAUUUAUGCAAAUGCGUUGUGGCAAUAACAAUAAUCAAAAAUAUAAUUUUUAAAUGUAGGCAUUUUCUAAAGAUAUACACUUGACCAAGAAAUGAACGCACCAUCUUAAAGAUAGGUCAUUUUUGAUGUCUCGAAUUUCCUAAACCUGUUGUCCGAUUUAAGUGAUUUUUUUAAUAUGUUAUUACUAUAUUACAAAUAUUGUUACUAGACAGAUAAAUUGUCAUUGUAUGCCGGGUGUACCAAUCAAACUGAGUUUUUUUUCUCAAAGUUCGCGUAACACUGUGGAAUAUCUAGCAUUUAUCAAAUACUGAAAUUAGAACCCAACUAUAGCCUCAUGUUUUCUUAUCAUUCUGUUUUUUAUUCAUUCGCUUAUGUUGAAUAAUAAAAAGUUAGGUACUUUAACAAAUAGCCUUAUUUUUCGUCAGUACAUGGUGCUUUUAAAUAAUUAUGGCAAACUUUAAGGGGUAAUUGUAAAUGCUUCGUUUCCGAGAUAAGGGGUGUUGAAAUUUUUCAUACAAACUGAUGAUUUAUUUAUUGCUCCAAAACUGGUUGGGAUAUGCAAAUGAAAUUUGGUGGAUUUUAAGAGGUAGUUAUUGUGCAUUUUUUGACAUACAAUUUUAUAUUCACGAUUGGCGCACAUAAGGGUCAUAUUACCCGUAUGCACGCCAAUGGUGAAUAUUAAAUUCCUAAUUGUAUGCGCAAUUUUAUCAAAAAAUGCGCACCGCUUAAGACCCACCAAAUUUCAUUUGCAUAUCUUAACCGGUUUUAGAACAAUAAAUAAAUCGUCUGUGAGAAAAAUUUCAACACCCCCUAUCUCGGAAACGAAGCAUUUGCGGAUAAACGUUUAUCAAGCAAACUGUCAUUAUUUUUUGAUGUACAAUUACCCCUUAAAGUUUGCCAUACUUAUUUAAAAACACCAUGUAUUGACGAAAAAUAAGGCUAUUUCUUAAAGUACCCAACUUUUUUAUUAUCCAACAUAAGCGAAUGAAUCAAAAAACAGAAUGUUAAGAAAGCAUGAGGCUAUAGUUGGGUUUUAAUUUCAGUAUUUUAUAAAUGCUAGAUAUUCCACAGGGCCACGCGAACUUUGAGAAAAUUCUCAGUUUGAUUGGUACAAUGUAUACAAUGACAAUUUACCUGUCUAGCAACAAUAUUAUUACAGCGAUAUUGUUAAAGAAUAAGGCUAUAACAUAUUAAAAAAAUCACUUAAAUCGGACAAGUUUAGGAAAUUCGAGACAUUAAAAAUUACCAAUUUUUAAGGUGGUGCGUUAAUUUCUUAGAGAAGUGUAUUGAAUUUCUUAAUAUCACGAAUUAAUUUGGUUAAAAACGUUGGUUAUAAAUAUGCGGAAAAAUGUGACAAUGGUUUUCUGGUGAAUAGUUUGUACUGCUUCUAGAAGUAUCAGUAAUAAAUAUACUCGUAGCUUACUUUUUAUCUUAUAAACUAUAUUUCAAUUCUGCAAAGACUGAGUUAUAAAACAAUAACACUGAACAGCAAAAAUAUAUCGAUAACAUGUAUUACCAAUAAUAACCAAAAAUUAUUGUACUAAAAAAAAGAAGAUACAUUCCCAGUGCUUUUUAUACUUACUGGUGCAUUUUUUAUUAAUUUUUAUUAAGAUUCUUUGUUAUACACGUGACCGUUUAAAUGAGAUAUAACAACUACAGGGUUUUAUUUAGCACAUUAGUAAAAGAACAUGCAUGCGUUGGUCAAAAUGUUCGUUUCUUGGCAUAAAAUAAUUAAAUGUGGGUAUUUAAAGGACACAAUUUCCACAGAAUGUACUCAAGUUUACAUGUUCCUCUGAAAAAUCAACUUCUUCAGAAGAAUGUUAAACUAAUUUUUUGCCAUUAUUUAUAUAUCUACCUAACAGGAAAUGGACACAGCAACAGCCAAUGUGAACUGUAAUUAACAAUUGAAUCUGUAUUUAAAGCCGCUAGUUUCUCAUUCUUCUUUUUCCAGUUACUUCUGCUAUCGGAGGUUGGCUAUCAUCACUGCUAUCCGUACCUUAUUGGUGACUGCUUUGAAAAUAACUACUGAGCAGCAACUAUGACACUGUCUUAGGUUUCUCAGCCAGGAAAUUCUUCGUCUCCCUAUGGAUCUUUUACACUUAAUUUUACCUUGCAUUAUGAGCCUUAAUAUCUCAUUUCGCACCUCUUGUAAUGUGCCCUAAAUAUUCCAGCUUUCUUGUUUGAUGUUCUUUAUGAUCUCGCAAUCUUUUGUAGGCUUCUUAACACUUCUGCAUUUGUAACUCGUUGGAUCCAUGGUAUUCUCAAAAUCUUUCUAUAACACUGCAUAUCAAAUGCUUCCAACUUCUUUAUAUUAUCCACUUUUAGUGUUCAGCUUUCCAUUCCGUACAACAAAGCCAAGAACACGUAGCAUAUUAAGGCUCUUAUCCUCAGCUCUAGAGGAAGGUCUCGAUUAACAAACAUUGGUCACUGUUUUCAUUUACCCAGGUUCCCAGAUAUUUUUAGUUAAUCACUCUUUGUACUUGUUUUCCCUCGAUUCUAGCCUUCCUUCUGAAUAUUGCUUAGAAAUAAUCAUGAACUUUGUUUUCUUAUAGUUCAUUUGUAGUCUAUAUUUUAUACUGACUUAGUAAUCUAUUUACUAAGCGUUGUAGUGCUUUUAAUAUGUCUGCAAAAAUAGCGAUGUCGUCUGUGAAUCUUAUGUUGUUCCAGAUUUUUCCCUUUCUUGAUAUACCCUGUUUUUCCCCUGAUAUUGCUUCCUUAAAAACAGCUUUACUGUACAGAUUGAAUAACAAUGUGGACAACACGCAACCCUGUCUAACACCUCUUUUGAUUUCUUUAGUUUCUGUUUCUACAUUUUCGAUUCUAACCUUUGCUUUUUGAAUCCAGUACACAUUGACAAUAACCCGUUUAUCUCGACUGUCCACAUUCUUUUGUUUUAACAGUUUACGAGUUUCUGAUGUCGCACUCUAUCAAAAGCCUUUUGAUAAUCUAUAAAGAAGGCAUAGAGACCCUGGUUCAUAUCUAGUCGUCUUUGCGCAAGAACGUUAAAACGAACAGAGCCUCACCCUCCUAGGAACGAGAGAAGCUCUGUUCGCUUCAAAUAAUCAGAAAUAUUUCUCACCAAAAUAUUAGAAAUUCAGCGACUUAAAAAUACAGAUUUAAUUCUCAAUAAACAAACAUAUAGUGAGAGGUCUCCGUUACUCUGUCUGACGGGAAUGUGGUUAGGUAGAAAAGAAAGAGGAAGGUUAGGAAGAAAAAAAGAGUAAUAAUGCCCGGUUUACAUUAUUUCAGUCCAGUAAUCCAGUACAGUCCACACUGUUUUAGUCAUUCAAAAGCUGUAAGAUCGGUAACACUAUAGAGACAUUGCUUUAACGCCAUAAUCAAGCACUGGAUGACGUUCACACUGUUCAAAUGACGCUGGAAUGAAAAAUAGACUGUCAUUCCAGUCAACUGGACUGGAUUGAUCACUGGAAUGGUUCAUUCAGUGCAGACUCACAUUAUUCCAAUGGCGUUCCACCGCUCUAGUGAAAUGCUGGACUGUAAUAAUGUGUACCGAACAUAAUACAAAUUUCUGUUAAGGUACUAGUACACUUUAGAAGACCAAAAAUAAUCAUUUUUUACUUUUUUUUUUCAGAACCUUUAUUAUAAGUUAACAUAAAGCUUUUUACAUAUUAAUAUAUAACUCUUAGAGAGUACACAAAAAAUAUAUCUUUUUUCAUUUAUGCACGCACACUAAUAUUGUAGAGGGCGCAAACUCGAAGACUCGAAAAAUGAUGGCGGACAGUUAAUCUCAGGAUUGGGAUAUCUGAAACAAAAAAAUCGUACGGCAUUUGAAAAAGGAAGGUUUCUUACGUGACAAUUUACCACAAUUUGAACAAAAAAUAAAAAAUAAAUAUUUUUUAACCAUGAAAAACUGAAGAAAAAGGGGCGAUUUUUUCACAAAAAUUUUUCAAAUUUCCGUAAAAUCUUUUUUUGUGGAAUUUUUCACUAACGGUGGUAAAUUGUCACGUAAGAAACCUUCCUUUUUCAAAUGCCGUACGAUUUUUUUGUUUCGGAGAUCCCAAUCCUGAGAUUAACUGUCCGCCAUCGGAGCUGCUUUUUUUCGAGGCCUCGACUUUGGCGCCCUCUACAGUAUUAGUGUACGUGCAUAAAUGAAAAAAGAUAUAUUUUUUGUAUUCUCUAAGAAUUAGAUAUUAACAUGUAAAAAGUUUUAUGUUCAUUUUUAAUAAAGGUUCUGAGAAAAAAUCUUAAAAAAUGCUUAUUUUUGGUCUUCUAAAGUGUACUAGUACCUUAAGUAGAUUUAAAAAUUGCAAAAUUUAAAACUACUAUUCUUCUGAAGAAGCUGCACUAAAACGAAACGAAUGGGAAAAAAUAGAUCAAACUUACUAAGGUACCUUUUUAAGGGCUAUGUAUUUCACUAUUUUAUAUUUGCCAAGAAACAUUUUGACCGAUUAAAAGCAAAACUUCUCCCACUUUUUAGAAGUUCCGACACAGUAUCACCAAAUACGAAGACUGAUAUCUAAAAUAAAAAGUUAUGCUAAUGAACGUGUUUAUUAAAAAAUAAGUAAAAUGGAAAUGCUGUUAAAUAGGAGUAAUAUUUUCAAUUUAUAUUUCAUUUGUUAAUGUUCCCUGUGAAAAGUCGGUGUAUGUUGUACGUAUUGUUGACAGAGAUUUUUUAAUAUAGUUGGGAUUACUAUAGAUAUGUUAUAUUCUAUGUUAGUUUUUUUAAGGUGAAGUUAAAAAUAUGACAAUUUAUUUAUUGCAUUACACCUCUAUAUCCCUUUCAUUCGAUCAGCAUUCUUAUAUCAUUUUUGAUAAUUAUUUAUUAUAUUAACUACAUUAAAUAAAUUAUUUACGCUA